AUGGAGGCAGUUGAGGACGCCCGUGGCUAUACCGCGUUUGGCUCUGCACCAUCGCCUACGUAUCGUUUCAAGACCUCGUCCAAGACCAACAAGAUCAGUAUCUGGCUGGAGAAUCUGCAGUCCAAGCAGCAAUGGAGCACUGGUUAUCUGGUCGAAAAUGACUACGUGACGGUGACGAAUAGAAUUCCCGGCGCCUCUAGUGGUGACUACAUUUCAGUAAGCAACCUCCGUAUGCAUGUAAGAUCAAAAGUAGAACAAAACAUCGUCUCACCCCUAUGUCGCUAUGGACAGCUUUUCGAGGGCACGCUGCGAUAUUUGAUGGACAAGGAGUGUCUGAAAAAUGCUGAUGAUGCUGGCAAGAUUGGGCGCCGCUUAACUGACCAAGAAGGGGGCGCAGUGCAGCUUGAACUGUCAGUGAAGCUCCGAGCGCUGGGAUCAGCAUGGCUAGCGCAAUACGUGUUUCUUCUGAAGCCUGUGCCGCUCGACCGCAUUGACAUUGUGGGCGCUCAACUACGUGAUGCGGAAGAUCAAGUGGCGGAGAUGAAGACUAAGCUGCGCGGUUUGGAAGAGCAAGUGGUGAUGGCGGAGGCUAAGCUCCGGCAAAUGGAAGAGAAACUGGCUGAAGGCCCCAAAGAAGUGAUGCACCUGUAUGUUGUGUCAACCAACGUGAAGAAGCUGAACGACAAAGGUCUGAUUAUUUGGGAUGACGACAAGCUCGAGCACUUUCAGUUCACAGGUGACAGGGGCGGCAUACGCAUUCUCGUCCCUGGGUGGUACGUUUUGAACCUGACAGUGCACUUGCGACCGCAAUCGAAUGGGGGAACUGUAAAUCUGCGCAACAACAACUGCAGGAUCCAAUGCAGCCAAGUUCCAAGCGGCGCAAAGGUGAACACGAGUGCUUCCUUUGGACGCACUAUUCGCUUCGAUAAGGGAGACACGAUUGAUGUCACCCUGACCAAGUCGCCCACGCAUGUGGGGGCCAACAUGAGUCUCGCAAAGCUUGCCGAUUAA